AUAUAACUUGGUCCUUGAUCAGACCCAUAAGGAUGCUAGACUCAGUGUCCUUUUAGAAAUAUUAGCAUCUCUUUCUCCCAAAAUGAUGCAUUCACAAUGACCCUUGGUAUCUUAUUUUUGGCCUUAAUUACACUAGAUAUAAAUGAGAAUUGUCUUUGACAAACUUUUAAGAUAAUAUUACAAUAUCCAGCUAGCAAUAAAAAUAUUUCUAAAAGUUUAAAUGGUUCUUCCUUUACUGAGUCUGGCAUACUUGAAGGGCUUUACAACAAUCUUGAGAGCCUUGUUGUUCUUCUAUUAGAUGAGAAUUGGAUUCUUAAUUGUGGCCCCUAGACCACAGCUACAGAUCCUUGAAAUAUCUCCUAUCUACAGAACAAGUUGUUGAGCCAUUAUUACAGCAUAGACAGCAAGUAAAUACAUAAAUCAUGAGCUUAUAGAAUGUUAUGAUGUAGUAGUCCAGCAUUUUGGUCAUGGUUGCCUCAACUUGAUUAGCCCUAUAGGCAGCUUUCUAAUUCACUACCCAGUAUGAAGUAUUUAGACUGGCAAACCAACAGAGUUUCCUACAGAUUUGGACCUUUUUGUUCUGACCUUUUUGAAUGAAGGAACAGUCAGUUGGGCUAUUCUCUCACACUAAAUGUGCCAUCCUGGACAACUAUAACAAUUUUAUGCAGAAAUUUAGAACUGCCUUUGACAAUUCCAUUCAACAAAUCGAAAGUUACUUUCACAAUUUUAUUCAAGAACAAGCAGCCUUUCAGGAUUUGAAACAUGUCUUGUCUCAGACUACUGUCUUGAUCCCAGCUGCGACAUUGUAGAAACUGAUACUUCAAACUCUUUUGAUUGCUAGUUUUUUUCAGACUUCAGCAGAGGAUAAGUAUCUGUUGCCUUGUACAUCUUAUUCUAGACUUCUCCCAGCUGGGUGGGAUUAUGAUGUUUGUGAUAAGGACUAGCUAUCAAUAAAAGCCAUGUUCCAACAAUGGAGGCAUAUCUUAAAAGGAGUGGUUCAUCCGAUGUAGGAAUCCUAAGAAUUUGAAAUACUUGCAGAAGGGUCAUACUCUUACUUAGCAUCAGGUUGGGAACAUUGCAUAGCUGAGAUACAGAACUCAUAAACAAAAGAAAGCAUACUUUUUAAACAUUGAUAUGGGGAAGGAUUACUAUUCUGUUCUUGGAAUUGAAAAAGGAGCAUCUGAUGAAGACAUCAAGAAAGCAUACCGAAAACAAGCCCUUAAAUGGCAUCCAGAUAAGAAUAAAUCUCCCCAUGCAGAAGAAAAAUUCAAAGAGAUUGCAGAAGCCUAUGAGGUAUUGAGUGAUCCAAAAAAAAGAGAAAUUUAUGAUCAGUUUGGAGAAGAAGGUUUGAAAGGAGGGUCUGGUGGACCAGAUGGUCAAGGAGGUUCUUUCCGUUAUUCUUUUCAUGGAGACCCACAUGCUACAUUUGCAGCAUUUUUUGGUGGCGCAAAUCCUUUUGAAAUGUUCUUUGGUAGAAGAAUGCCUAGUGGCAGGGACACCGAAGAUAUGGAAGUGGAUGGCGAUCCAUUUGGUUCCUUUACUACUUUUAGUGUGAAUGGAUUUCCAAGAGAAAGAAACACAGUUGGUAAUCAAGCCCGUCGUAAACAAGAUCCUCCUGUUAUUCAUGAACUGAAAGUAUCAUUGGAAGAGAUUUAUCAAGGCUGUACAAAAAGAAUGAGAAUUUCCCGAAAAAGGCUCAAUCCAGAUGGUAGAAGUGUCAGAACAGAAGAUAAAAUCCUUACGAUUGAUAUUAAGAGAGGAUGGAAAGAAGGUACCAAAAUUACAUUCCCCAAAGAGGGCGAUGAAACACCCAACACCAUCCCAGCUGAUAUUGUGUUUGUUAUUAAAGAUAAAUUACAUCCUCAUUUCAAGAGAGAUGGUUCAAAUAUAAUCUACCCUGUCAAGAUUAGUUUACGGGAGGCUUUAUGUGGCACCUCAAUCAAUGUACCAACUAUAGAAGGCCGAACAAUACCUAUGACAAUAAAUGAAGUUGUUAAGCCUGGAAUGAGAAGAAGAAUAAUAGGAUAUGGUUUACCAUUUCCUAAAAAUCAUGAGCAACGAGGUGACUUAAUUAUAGAAUUUGAAGUAAUUUUUCCAGAUAAUAUAGCUCCAGCCUCAAAAGAAGUACUCAGGAGAAAUCUUCCUGUAUCAUAAGAAACAUAUGUCAGUGAACUGUUCCGAAUAGACACUGAACAUCAAGGACUUUCAGGUUUAUGCUGCAAAAGUGCAGUCUAUAACUGUUGAACUUUCCUUUUGUGUGCGCAGGUAGGGAAGUGAAUUAUGCAGUGUUGCAUGAGAAUUGGAGUACAAAGACUUGCAACUAAGUAUAAGGCUAAUAUUACUUACCGUGUGUUGGAUCUUCCUUUACAAAACACUUUAUCCAGUAUUUCGUGUCCAUGUAAUCAUGGGUAAAAAGGGAACACCUCUGUCCGUGUAUUUCUAAUAAAGUGCAUAAUUUGCAAAGCACUUUAGUUCAGAUAAUCCUGAUUAUCUGUGUGUGUUAAAAUAUUACAGUAUUAGAAUUCAUUAUAUGAAUCUAUGUAACAUUUGCAAUAUUUAUUUUAUGUAUAUACUCUAAGCUGCAUUACCUUUUGCACAGCAGCAAGAAAGUAACAUUACUUAAAAUGUUUAUGAGCCCAAAGAAGAAGUGGGUUUUACAUUAUUGUACCAGUCUGUGAAUUCCUUUACUCCAUUAUUCUGGUGGUAAAUAUAGUGACCUAAUAGAAAAUAAAAUUUGAUGGCCUACUGUUUUUGGCCUAAUAGAUUUCCAGGUAGAAAUUGUUGUGAAAAGGCAUUAAUGCUCUCUGGAACUUAUAUUUCAUGAGGUGGCAUACUUAUAAGCAUCAACUGAAUAAUUAGCCUAAUUCAGUUAAGAUUGCAAUCUUUCUCAAGUUUAGUAUUCUUGCAAAUUCUGUAAACUGUAAGUUGAACCUGAAGUUUUUAUGAGUACAUAAUGAAUUAUUGUAAGAAAAAGCAAGGAAACUUUAUUUUUGCAAAGACAUACACAUCCCAACUAGUAUUCUUGGGCAGUAGACAAACAGUAUUAAAUUUAAGACAACACCUACUUGUUUUGUAAUAUGGUCAAAUGGAAACAUUCAUGAAAUUAUUUAUCUUUGUUUACAAUAAAGCUUCAUUUUAUUAAGUCAAAAUGUGCUAGAUAGCACUUUUAAGUGACAGGAUGUUUAACAAUUAUGUAAAAAGUUAAUGAUGCCAGUUUUCUAAAACUAGCAUAUUAAAAUCCAAAACAGCUGCAGUAAUUGAUGGUGGGAGGACACACUUUAAAAAUGACUCCUGAAUGAAUGGGAAAUUUUUUAAUGGGAUUUAGUACAAAGGCUGUAAACUGACAAGAUGUGCAAUCUUAAACCAGGGCUAUGGAAAGCAUUUGAAAGAGGUAUUUCACAAAGCACAUUAAAAUGAAUGAAGGAUCAGUCUUCAAAGUAUUAAAACAGUUGUCUGCUCUGCAAAUCUCAUAUAGCUUCUUCAGAAACUCUUCCCAGUUGUCUGCAUGCUCAUACACAGAACAUUUUUGCUGGGACACCUGCAUGUGGAGUAAGCAAAGACUGCUUUCAAACCAGUUGCAUGUGCCUUGCAAAGGACAUGAUUACUUUAAUGCUUUGAAGCAAAAUGCUAAAAUGCUCUGCAAAGAACCUCUUGAGCACCUUAUAACAUCCCUUUCUGGAACUAGAAAGAAUCUAUGAAGCAAGUUUUAAUGACUAAAAAUGAGAACAAGAAAACUACUUUUUCUUUGUGCAUAUUGUAAAUGUAUUUAAAUAUACUUUAUGAUAAUGUAUUGCAUUUCAUAUUUUUAAACAUUAAACUAUUAUUUCUAACUUU